GGCGGUGCUUACGGUGUGGGCGGUGGUUGGCGGUGAGGGGCUGCGCGAGGCAUCAUGGCGGCUUCCGUGCAAGCUCCGCCACCGGCGCUUAGCGCGGAGCAGGCGAAAGUGGUGCUGGCAGAAGUAAUCAAGGCCUUCGGGGCGCCUGAGAACGUGCAGCGCAUGGACGAGGCCCGGGAAAACGCGUGUAAUGACAUGGGCAAGAUGCUGCAGUUCCUGCUGCCCGUGGCCACGCAGAUCCAGCAGGACGUGAUCAAGGCCUACGGCUUCAGCAGCGAUGGAGAAGGGGUGUUGAAGUUCGCCCGGCUAAUCAAGUCCUACGAGUCGCAGGACCCGGAGAUCGCCAGCAUGUCGGCAAAGCUGAAGGCUCUGUUCCUGCCCCCCAUGACGCUGCCGCCGCACGGGGCUGGCAUUGGCGGGGUGGCCGCCUCGUGACGCCGCCGCCUGGGCUGGUGCUGGGGGUCCCCGGUGCUCCGUCCGGAGCCUUCCCUCGCGGCUGGGGCUGUCUGCGCUGCUGCUCAGCCAGCCCCGAGAAACUGAGUGGUUUAAACAAGGAAGAUAAUGGCGUGAGACGAACCGGCUUCUUUGUGCAUGUUUCUGUUUCUGGCUGUGAAUAAAAGACGUCUUGAAAGUG